AUGGAUAACUUUAUGUUGCGCGGGGUUUUAUGUCUGUCAGCUCUGUGUGUGUUGAGCUCGGCAGCGCGUGGACGCAGUGAUGCGCUCGAGCUCAAAGACGCAGAUUUCGAGUACAUCGCGCCCGAGCACGAGACCCUGCUGGUGAAGUUUUAUGCCCCAUGGUGUGGUCAUUGUAAGAAACUUGCUCCUGAGUUUGAAACUGCAGCUACACGACUGAAGGGAACAGUAAUUUUAGCCAAGGUGGACUGUACUGCUAAUACAGAGACCUGUAAGCGCUAUGGGGUGACUGGAUACCCAACACUCAAAAUAUUUCGGAACGGACAGGAAUCCUCAUCAUAUGAUGGGCCACGCUCAGCCGAUGGAAUCGUGAACUAUAUGAAGAAACAGGCCGGGCCUGAUUCUGUGCCUCUGCAUAGUGAGCAUGACCUGGAGAACUUUAUCAACAACUUUGAUGCCAGCAUAGUUGGAUUCUUCUCAGUAACUGACAGUUCUCAACUCUCUGAGUUUCUUAAAGGAGCCAGUUUAAUGAGGGGGAGUUUCCGCUUUGCCCACACCACAGACCUAGAGCUCGGAAAGAAAUAUGAGGUCAAAUACGAGUCCAUGCUUCUGUUCCGCCCCCCCAGACUGAGCAGUAAGUUUGAGGAGAGUGUGGUUCACCACACAGGACCCCUGUCCAUCACAGGCCUGCGCCGCUUCAUCAGAGACAACAUUUUUGGACUCUGUCCUCACCUGACCAAAGAGAAUAAGGAUUCAUUGAGGAAGAGGGAUUUACUGACGGCCUACUAUGACUUAGAUUAUCUUCGCAAUCCCAAAGGCUCCAACUACUGGAGAAACAGAGUGUUGAAGGUGGCGUCUAAGUUCAGUUCUCAGGGCCUGUUGUAUUCUGUGGCGAACCGUAAUGACUUUCUGGAGGAGCUGGAGGUUGAGUUCGGUCUGGGCGCCUCGGACGCAACCGAGCUGCCGUUUGUCACCAUCAGGACACGAACGGGAAACAAAUACACCAUGAGAGAGGAGUUCACACGAGAUGGCAAGUCUUUAGAGAAUUUUCUGGAAGACUAUUUUUCUGGGCGACUGAAGCGUUACGUCAAAUCAGAGCCUGUGCCAGCCAAAAACAAUGGAGCCGUCAAGGUGGUUGUGGCAGAUACGUUUGAAGAGAUCGUCAGUGACCCAGAGAAAGACGUGCUUAUUGAGUUUUAUGCUCCAUGGUGUGGCCACUGUAAAAAACUGGAGCCCAAAUAUACAGAGCUUGGAGAACGGCUAUACAGUGAUCCCAAUAUUGUAAUCGCCAAGAUGGAUGCAACUGCCAAUGACGUCCCGCAGGGCUAUGACGUGCAAGGAUUUCCUACAAUAUACUUUGCAGCUGCUGGCCGGACAGAUGAGCCAAAACGAUACGAGGGAGCCCGUGAAGUGAAGGAUUUCAUCAAGUUCCUGAAGCUUGAGGCCUCCAGACCUCUUGUCCUAAAUGGAGUCAAAGAAGAGCUGUAAACGGUAAAGGGAAAAUUGCUGUACAUUGUUCAGGAAGAGUGAAGAAUCCAGUGGGAUGGUGUGUCAGUUCGGUCAUACAUAUCACAUCAAAUAAACUGGCAACAAUCAAUAAAAUAAAACCAGUUGUAUAUUACACAAAGAUCUAAUGUUUAUAUUGUCCACAUGAUAAGCAGCAAUCUGCACGUUUCUAUGUUGAAGAGUCCUGUUUUGUCGUUUAAUCACUUUGUUCUUUGUUGCAUGAGCUUCAUUGAUUUGCUAUUUACUGUUUAGACACAAUGUUUCCAUCCAUCUACAUUAGUUAUCACUGUUGUUCAACAUACAUUUACGCCAGUAUUCAUGGCCUCUAUGGAUGGUAAAACGUAUCAGAUUUCAUGCAUUAGAUGGACGGUAAUUCGUUUCAAGCCAUUUGUGGUGUACAAUCAUAUGGAGCCAUUAUCAAUGUUUGCAUUUGUCAUUUCUUGCCCCUGGUUUGCUACUGAAGUGAUCAAAUGGAAAGGCAUCUUUUAACCCAAAAUCUGUUAGGACAUGGGUUGAACAAUUGGUUAUGUAUUUAUAUAAAGUUUGGGUGUGAAAUGGAUGCAGUUUACACGAUAAACGUUGUCCUGCCAAUUUAGUAUUUUUUCUACAGUACCCAUGCCUUAAAUUUGGUUUGACAUCUAAAUGAAGCUGUCUGUUCAGCAAGAGGUACUCACUGAUGAGCAGAAAAUGCUUGUUUAUUAAACAAGAGGUAAGUAUAUGACAUGCAUUAUUAUUCAGAUAUUUAUUUUUUUAUAUAUUUC